AUGCGCUACUCAUUCACCAUCACGGCCCUGAGCCUCCUCUCAUCGGCUUUUGCCAUCACCGUCACCACUCCGACAUCAGACACGGUGUGGGAUUUCUCCACUCCCAAGACUAUCAAGUUUACUAGCGUUCCUAGUGAUCCUUCAGUAAUUAGCAUCAUCCUUCGAUCUCAGGAUGGCUCUUUCCAGACCAAGUUGGCGGAUAACGUCAAGACCUCUGAUGGCGAAUACACGACCCAGCCUAACCCUAGCAUUUCCAACGGAGAUGACUACGAGAUCCAGAUAAUUGAUUCUGCUGGCCAGCUCGCCGUCAGCAACACUUUUACUGUUGAGAAGGGCGCUUCAGUUGAUGGUACUACAUCCUCGUCUUCUUCCAUCUCCUCCACUUCCACCUCCUCUUCUUCCACGUUUUCUUCCGCCACCUCCUCCUCCUUCUCCACUUCGUCUUCCGCGACAUCCACUGCAACCACUGCAACCACUGCUACAUCCGUCACCUCCACCUUUACAUCCUCGGCAUCUCCAACACCCACGUCGUCGACUAGUCCUUUCUUUUCCAUCGCAGGCUCCACCACCGCCACCACCACCUCCUCCUCUUCUACCUCUUCUUCCACGACCUCGUCUUCCACCUCUUCCGACGCUUCAUCCACCAGUGCCUCCGCCUCCGCUCUGCCCUCAACUGGUGCUGCGGCGUCUCAAUUCAGCACUCCCAAGGGAGCCAUGGCUCUAUUCGGUGCUGCUGUCGCGCUCUUCUACGUCUAG